UCCCGCCGGCGGCGCGCGCGCUUCCAAAGGCGGCGGGAAGCGGGAGGCUCCCUGAGGGGCCGGCCCGGAGGAGAUCGGAUCCUGCGGCAGCGGAGCCCCGGUACAGGCGUGAGCUGCAGCGUCGCGCUUUAUCUUCUUCAUAUGCACGGCUCACUGAUACGUGCUAUAUACAGCCAUCAUCCGUACAUACAUAACCUCUACGGCGGUCUGGGCUGAGGAAGUGGGCUUUACCGCUUUUGGAGUGAGCUGAGCAUAAUAGUAUGAACAUAUACUAAACAGCAAAAUGUCCUCAAAGAAGAAAACAAAGAAGAAUCAUACCAGCUACAAGCUAGAGAUGCAUAAAAUAGCUGUUAAUUUCAUACCUAUCCAGAGGCACAAAGCCAACUCCAAUCUUCGUUGGAAAUCACUUUCACUUGAGGAACCAGAUGUCUCAAGGAUAUUGAAGGUAGCAGAAACAAAUCAACUUGAGGACCUUAAUGAUUCCUUUGAUCACCCUUUGCACAGUACUGCUGUGGAUGCUUAUGGAGAGGAACAGUCACAAAACGAGGCACUCAGUCAAGUUUCGGCACCACAAAGGCAAAACGCAGACAGACGGUCUGGUGGAAAAAAAAUAAAAUUCAAAAAACCACAUAGCUCAAAGCCCUCCGAUGGUGAUGUUCAGAAAUUCAACACAGCUGAUUCUGAAGAGGAAGCCCUUAAGGAGACUGUGAAGACUCCAAAAACUACUCAGUUCCAGGCAGAAGAGAGGCAGUCUUCAGAGGAGAAUACAUCAGAUUCUUCUGUGGAUAGCCCACAUUCUGUACAGGUUUGGUGUCCCAAAGAGCUGAAGAGAACUCCUAAAGAUAUUACAGAACUGGAUGUUGUUCUGGCCAAAGUUGAGAAGAUAGCAGCAAAUUACAGACAAAGCAUAGAAUCAAACAUUGGCAGAAAGGCUAUCAAUGACUUCUCUUCUGCUUUCAAGGACCAAAUCACUGACCUUAUAGCAGGAGUCCAGGAAUUAAAGAAUAUAAAGAAAAAAAAUGCUAAGGCAAUAACAAACAUCAAAAAGAAAAGGCAGCAACUGGUGCAACUCAGAGAAGAGCUAAUUGGAGCUGAACCACAACUGACACAACUACAAAGAGAAUAUGCUGAGGUACAGGAAAGGAAAUCUUCCUUGAGGCAAACAAUUGAAUUAAUUACUGAUUUAAGAGAGAUACAGCAAGACUGUUUGGACUACAGAGAAGAAAACCCUAAAGAAAAAGUGGAAUAUGGAAUUUCCAGCCUCCCUGCUCUUCUGGUGGAGUCUCAGAGAAUUCUAGGAGCAGAAAGGCACUUUGAGAGUAUCAAUAUGAAACUGGAAGAAGCUCUGGCUGUAGAAAAAGAGCAGAGAUCAAAGAAAAAUUAAGUGUCUUUUUAAGACUUUCAGACAUUCAGAAAGAACAGUUAUUAGAAUUGUCAGUGCUUAAAGCUUGUUUAAUCAUUGUUACUCUAUUUUAUUUCAGUGUUUAAAAGCAGUCAACAACUUAGAGAUUGUAUCUUAUUGUCAAAUAGUCUCAGAAUAUCAAUGAAAGGAAAAGACAACCACAGUUAAUAAAACUUUGCUGUACUCUGAACACUGUUGGGUGUUAAUCUUGUGCUAUUAAAAUAAUCUUGAGCAGAAUAUAUUUGUAAAGAGACUCUGGUUGAACAAAGAUGAAUAAACAAAUCUUUUUAUUGAA